AUGCAAAUGACCCCUGAAUGCGAGAAGCGCGAAAGGACAGCGUACGAUGCUCCGCCCAUGUAUCCUUUGGGUACAGGAACAUGGCGCGUUACGGUAUGUUGAGA